AUGGCUCCUGUUAAAAAAGCUGAUAAGAAAGCAGCAGUAGAUGCUGCUGCGUGGAUGUUCAAUGUCGUCACUUCUGUUGGUAUCAUCAUUGUCAAUAAAGCUUUAAUGGCGACUUAUGGUUAUAGCUUUGCUACAACCUUAACCGGUUUACAUUUCGCUUUCACUACACUGAUGACGAUUGUGCUAAGAUGUCUUGGUUACAUUCAGCCUUCUCAUCUUCCGUUUACGGAGCUUCUGAGGUUUAUUCUGUUUGCAAACUUCUCGAUCGUUGGAAUGAAUGUCAGUCUUAUGUGGAACUCUGUUGGUUUCUAUCAGAUUGCAAAGCUUAGCAUGAUUCCUGUAUCCUGCUUGCUAGAGAUGGUGCUCGAUAAGAUCCGUUACUCGAGAGACACAAAGCUUAGCAUAGGACUGGUUCUUGUGGGCGUUGGUGUUUGCACUGUUACUGAUGUUAGUGUGAACAGCAAAGGCUUUAUAGCUGCUUUUGUUGCUGUGUGGAGUACUUCUCUGCAACAAUACUACGUACAUUAUCUUCAGCGCAAGUACUCGCUUAGCUCAUUCAACCUAUUGGGACAUACCGCUCCAGCCCAAGCCGCAACAUUGCUUGUUCUUGGCCCGUUUCUUGAUUAUUGGCUCACAGAAAAACGAGUAGACAUGUACGACUACAACUUGGUCUCCGUGCUGUUUAUAACCCUAUCGUGCACGAUAGCGAUAGGGACCAACCUAAGCCAGUUCAUCUGCAUAGGGAGAUUCACAGCGGUAUCGUUCCAAGUUCUUGGACACAUGAAGACGAUCUUGGUGCUGAUAAUGGGAUUCUUCUUCUUCGGUAGAGAAGGCCUAAACUUGCAUGUGGUUGUUGGAAUGGUUAUUGCAGUACUCGGUAUGAUCUGGUACGGUAAUGCAUCUUCUAAACCAGGUGGCAAAGAGAGACGAAACUAUUCUCUUCCAACGACUCGUCAACAGAAACUUGGAGCUGCUUCGGAUUCUGAUGACAAUGAAGACAAAGCCUAG